UCUAAAAUAAAAAUACCUCCCGCUGCCGUGCUCCACUCCCAGCCAAACUUCCUCCGGGGGCACUCUGGGGGGGACGGAGCCCCCAGACCUGCCCUGCUGGGCUGAGAGAUGCCCAAGGGAAGGCCAGCAGCCCCCAAAGCCCUGCCUUAGGGUUGUUAUUUUGUCCCCCACUUUCUCCCCCCGUCCCCCAAGCCCUCAGGUUGCAUUGCAGGACGCUGGACCCCCCCCUUGGCACCCCGUCCCUAGGGGCUCAAGGUCUGGAUCCCCUACACCCACCAGUAACCCGCAGCUAUGGGGGUUAAAGCGAUGCUGCCCAGCCACGAGCUGGGCUUCUAUGCUCUCGUUGUGACCUGUGCUGUGCUGUACAGUGGCAGCGGUAUCUUCGAGGCAUCCAGAGACAGCAUGAACAGAAAAGCCUUUCGGGAUGGCAUCAAGCCAGGCUGGCACUACUUUGGCAGGAAGAUGGACGUGGCCGACUUCGAGUGGGUGAUGUGGUUCACCUCCUUCAGGAAUGUCAUCAUCUUCACCCUCUCAGGACAUGUCCUCUUUGCCAAGGUGUGCUCCAUGACGGUGCCACAGCACCGGGCUGUGGUCUACAUGCUGUAUGGGAUGCUGGCUGUGCUGGGCAGCAUGGGGCUCACCUACCUGAUGAUCAUCCUUUCCCACUGCCUCAUCCUCUACUCCGUGGCGCUGGCCAAGCAGAAGUGGCUCUGUUACGUGGCUGGGCUCUGCUGCCUCGCCUCCAUCAAGCUGGAGCCCUUCAGCUCCUGGCAGAGCGGGUUUGUAACAGGAGCUUUUGAUCUUCAAGAUGUCCUUUUCUAUGGAGGAAGUGGCUUCACCAUCAUGCGCUGCAUGAGUUUCGCUCUCGAGAGCUCCGAGAGGAAGGAGGGCGUCUUCUCCAUCUUUGACCUCCUCAAGUACAACUUCUACCUUCCCUUCUUCUUUUUCGGGCCCGUCAUGACGUUUGACCAGUUUCACAUGCAGGUGAGCACCCGAGAUCUGCGCCGCAAAGACGAUGAGAUGAAGAACAUUCGGGUCCAUGCCCUCCUCCAUGUGGGGGCCAUCAUCGCUGUGGACAUCUUCUUCCACUUCUUCUACAUCCUCACCCUCCCUUCUGACCUGAAGUUCGUGAACCGCCUCUCGGACUGGGCCUUGGCCGGCUUGGCCUACUCCAAUUUGGUGUACGACUGGGUCAAAGCUGCCGUCAUGUUUGGGGUCAUCAACACCAUUGCCAGACUGGACCACUUGGACCCACCCCAGCCCCCAAAAUGCAUCACCAUGCUCUACGUCUUUGCAGAAACGCAUUUUGACAGAGGGAUCAAUGACUGGCUCUGCAAGUACGUGUACGACCACAUUGGAGAGAACCACGACAACAUCAUGAAGGAACUCGUGGCCACCAUUGCCACCUUUGCUGUCACCACUCUGUGGUUGGGACCCUGUGAGAUUGUUUACAUCUGGUCUGUCUUCAACUGCUUUGGCCUCAACUUUGAGCUCUGGGUGCAGAAGUUCUUCCAGUGGAAGCCCCUCUCCAAACUGGAGGCCAAAAUGUCAGAGGCCACAUCUCGGCGGAUUAGGGCUCUUUUUGGGGCAGCAAAUUUCUGGGCCAUCGUUCUCUACAAUAUCCUAGCCCUCAACAGUCUGGAGUUUGCACUGCUGGUCACCAAGAGACUCCUCGUGACAGGUUUCCCUGUCAGCACCUUGUCCAUCUGGUUCAUCACAUACUGUGGAGUGCAGCUGAUCAAAGAGCGUGAACGCAUCCUGGCCAUGGAAGAGGAGAAGAGUGAGAAACCCAAGGCAGAGUAGAGGAAGACAUCAGUUGGUUUGCCCCAAAGCCUGGACUCCCUUCUGACUGCCUCUGCCAAGCCAGCUGCUGGAAAGGGCUCUCCAAGCGCUCUUGGCAAUCAGACUGCUGUAACUCACCUAUAGAGAAGUCAUCUGGAAGGCACAUGCCACCCCACACGUAGCAGACAGCUGAGAUAGGCUUCCAAGACACAUCCUUAAGGCUCCAUCCUUUUUCUGACCCUUUGACACCAUGCAGACCUAGAGAUUUCACCCUCUGCUCCCCAUAACACCCAAUCCAUCAGCAUCUGGCUCUCCCACAGGACCUGCAGCCCAGGUCUCCCAUCUCCAGGUCACUUCCAGCCAAAGCAUCACAUUUUUCUUUUGCUACAAGAAAUGGCCAUCACAUACCGUAAAUGGUUCAACAUCUGGGGCUGUGCAUUAAGGACUGUGAAAUGGCUCAGCACAAUGAACGCCUACCAAGAGGCUAAUAAAUAAAUAGAACAGUCUUUUAUAGCAAAGGGAAAGAGGUUGAGGAACUGCACAGGGAAGAGUAAUUGUCUUCCCACUGCUGUCAGCAGUGCAGAGUGAUGCCUGUUAGUAUCUCAAAACAGGUCCCUUCAGUCCUAAGCAUCUUGAGAAGUGAUUUAGUGCCAGCCUCAGGUGUAGUCAGUGGCAGUACAGGAGGCAUGCCUGCUUCACAGCCAGAGCACAUCAUGUACUGCUCGUCUGCAGGGUGGGCAUGUGGAAGAAACAGCAAAGUUUCAACCAGACAAAGUUCAGCCCAGACCCAGCUCAGCCCCCACAAAGGACCCUUCGCUGUGGGUUGUGCGAUGGAUGUGGCCACCACAACCACCUCGCUGUGACACAUGCCCAGGGACUCAAACCAAGUACCACCCAGCUUCUUUUGCAUGCCAUGGGCAAAGGUUUAAGCUCACAUUCCUGCCUGUGGCUGAGGGCUCAGUAGCCAAUUCUUGCCCAUCUCCAGCCACCCAGCCAGACUUUGAUGCACACAGCCUAGGCCUGUGCUACAUGAACACACACACAUGCAUACAACCAAAGGAGAAAAGCACCAAAUGAAGGGCAGCACUUUGGGGUUGGGUGGUGGAGGGGAAGUGCCUGGUAGCCUCCUUGGAGAAGUAGACUUUGGAGCACUGCAUGGGAAGUGCAUUGAAUAAAUGACCCCAUGGUGCCUUGGGGAGGAGACGGGUCUAUAACUGGAAAUAGAUCCAUCUCUCUUGCACUUAACAGAAGCUUUCAGUGGCCUUAUGUCUGAAUGACGUCCAUGUGUGGUGAGGGUAGAAUCUGGACCACUUUGCAACACGGGUUGAGACUCUUGGUGUUCUGGUGACUUCCCAGUGGAUGAAGCAGGAAUGGUUUAACUUGUCAGCUUUCAGCUCUGCCAAAGUGAUUUACAAAGUCCCCGAUAAACAUGAUUUAUUUAUGUAGUAAAAAACUGUUGGACAUCUA